AUGAACCCUCUAGCCACUUUGCGGGGAAACGUGGUGAGCUCGACCAUCAUCAUGACCAUCUCCUCCACGCUCCUGGCCCUCGUCCUGAUGCCCCUGUGCCUGUGGAUCUACAGCCGGGCCUGGAUCAACACCCCCCUGGUGCAGCUACUGCCCCUGGGGGCGGUCACCCUGACCCUCUGCAGCACUCUCAUCCCCAUCGGGCUGGGCGUCUUCAUCCGCUACAGGUACAGCCGGGUGGCCGACUACAUCGUCAAGGUUUCCCUGUGGUCUCUGCUAGUGACGCUGGUGGUCCUUUUCAUAAUGACCGGCACUAUGUUAGGACCUGAACUGCUGGCAAGUAUUCCUGCAACUGUUUACAUAGUAGCGAUUUUUAUGCCUUUAGCAGGCUACGCCUCAGGCUACGGCUUAGCUACUCUCUUCCAUCUCCCACCCAACUGCAAGAGGACUGUGUGCCUGGAAACGGGCAGCCAGAAUGUGCAGCUCUGCACUGCCAUUCUCAAACUGGCCUUUCCACCACGGCUCAUAGGAAGCAUGUACAUGUUCCCCUUGCUCUAUGCCCUUUUCCAGUCUGCAGAAGCAGGGAUUUUUGUGCUAAUAUAUAAAAUGUAUGGAAGUGAAAUAUUGCACAAGCAAGAUCCUCUAGAUGAAGAUGAAGACACAGAUAUUUCUUAUAAGAAACUAAAAGAAGAGGAAAUGGCAGACACGUCCUAUGGCACAGUGAGAGCAGAUAACUUAAUUAUGAUGGAAACCACUCAGACUUCUCUCUGAACAAGGAGAUGCACAGGAGCAUCCAUAUUACUUCAUAUUUAUAGUCUGUGGCAGUGUAUAUGGUUUACAUAAAGGAUACAAUUGGUUCACAGUAACAUACUUGUAACAAUUCUGAUCUUCCCAUUGUAAGGUUGCCUUGGUAUAUUAACCAAGCGUUUUCACAAAUUACAAGUCAAUGCUGUAUUAUAACUUGCACCUGAGACUGCUCAAGUGACACCUGUACAAGUUAAAUGUGCUGUUUAUCUUUAUUAACCAAUUUCUAUGACUGUUUCAGAGAUAUAAAACUUAGAAAAUAGGGUUUUGGAAAUGUAGAAUUUUGGUGCACUAUCUUAUAUGAGUAACAAGCUAUAUUUGUAAAGCAUAAUUGAGUUUAAUGUAAUUGUUGUUAAAAAAAAAAAAAAAGUGUGCUAGCUCAACUUAUGAAUACUUGACAAUGUUAAAAUUUGACCUGUAUUUAGAAAACCCCCCAAACAGGUCAAUUAAACAAUGAAAUAUAGUAUUUUAGUGUCAAACCUGUUUCAAGUCAGAAAAAAGAAUACAUUAAUGCAUUUGAUU